CCAGUGUGUUUGAUGUGCGUGAGAUCGCUCGGCUGUGCAGUAUUCCGCAGGUCCAACAACUUCUGGUUAUCCGCUGUCUGUCGCUGUUACCCGGCAUGCUCCUCCAGACGACGUUCCCCAUCAUCAUGGCCAGCACGUUCGACAUGGGGCCGCAGGACAGCGGCGUGUUCAUGGCCUACAUCGGACUAGUCAGCAUGCUGACUAUGGGAGUAGGUGUUGGUGUGAUCACCAAGAGGUUCAGUGACUUGACUAUACUCCGGUGCAGUACCAUGUCCUUCAUAGUAUCAAAUGUCUUCAUGGCAGGAGCAACAAAAAUCUGGCACUUGUACAUAACUGUGACACCUGCUGAUGUGGGAGGGGCCACCAUGGGGGUUAUCAUGAACAGUGCACUCACUAAAGUUGUGCCUCCUGAGGACACAGGUGCAGUUAUGGGCCUAAGUGGAGCAAUGCAGCACCUAGUUCAAACUGUGGCACCCAGUAUAGGAGGAUGGCUGCUCGAAAAUUACGGUUUCCCAUCUAUAGGAAUCCUCGCUGCAGCUUUAAACACUGCACUAGUCAUGUACCUUUUCCUGGGAAACAUUUCAAAAAGUUUCACCUACCAAAAAGAUUCAUCUGGAACUACCACAGUUUAAUUAUGUUUACCGAAGGAAAACAUAUUGUUUUUGCUCAGUUUCUUCUUCCUCUUCUUCUUCUCCAAACAGU